AUGGCACUGGCGAUGCUGCAGGAUUGGUGCGGCUGGAUGGGCGUGAAUGCUCAGCGCUCUCUGCUCAUCCUGGGCAUCCCGGAGGACUGUGAGGACCAGGAUUUCCAGGAGGCCGUGCGGGCUGCCCUGUGGCACCUGGGCAGGUACCGAGUGCUGGGCAAGGUCUUCAGAAAGGAGCUGGGGUCCAGGGUUGCCUUGGUCGAGUGUGCUGAGUAUUUAAACCGAAGCUUGAUUCCUCGACAAAUACCAGGCACGGGGGGACCCUGGCCUGUGGUCUUCCUGCCACAGGCCCCUGAUUCUGAGUCACAGGAUAGACCCAAUUUCCCUGCCCAGCCCCAGAGACCAGCAUUGGUUGGCAGGGCAGGUGAGGCAGGAGCUGCAGAUGAGGCAGGAGCUGAGGGUGAGGCAGGAGCUGAAGACGCGGCAGGAACGCCAGGUGAGGAAGAGGUUGCACAGGAAGUAGAGGCUGCAGAGGAGGAGGGGGCUACAGGUGAGGCAGGAGCUGCAGGUGAGGCAGGAGCCGCAGGUGAGGAAGGGGCUGCAGGUGAGGCGGGAGCCUCAGGUGAGGAAGGGGCUGCAGGUGAGGCGGGAGCCUCAGGUGAGGAAGGGGCUGCAGGUGAGGCGGGAGCCGCAGGUGAGGAAGGGGCUGCAGGUGAGGCGGGAGCCGCAGGUGAGGAAGGGGCUGCAGGUGAGGCGGGAGCUGCAGAUGAAGCAGGCGUGUCAGAUGAGGAGGGAGCCGCAGGUGACACAGGAGUUGCAGGCGUGGCAGGAUCCUUGAGUGUGGCGGGAGCGGGAGGUGAGGCAGGAGCCCCAGGUGAGGAAGCAGCUGCGGGGGCAGCAGCAGCAGCCAUAGUCGAGGCGAGAGCCGGGAACCGGCCAUGGAGGCAGGUCUUGCAGCCUGUGCUGGAAAACAUGGGCUCUCAGGGCCUGAGACCCUUCUCUGGGCUGGAAGAGCCUGGCCCCGGGGAGGAGUCCUUUGAGAGCUGGCUGGACCACGCCAACGACAUGCUGUACCUGUGGCGCCACGUGUCUGAGAGGGAGAGGAGGAGGAGGCUGGUGGAGAGCCUGGGCGGCCCCGCGCUGGAUCUCCUGUGUGGCCUCCUGGUGGAAGAUCCCGACAUGGCCGCACACGACUGCCUGGCCGCGCUGGUGCAGGCGUUUGGGAACAAGGACACCCGGGUGACCGCACGGCUGAAGUUCAUGACUUGCGCCCAGCGGCCCCAGGAGACUCUCUUUGCCUACAUGAUGCGCCUGGAAGGCCUGCUGCAGUCGGCCCUGGAGAAGGGGGCCAUCCACCCGGCCAUCGCAGACCAGGUGCGCGCCCGGCAGGUGCUGAUGCGGGCCCGCCCGAGUGCUGCACUCCAGAACAGGCUGAGGAGGAUGAGGCUGGAGAGGAGACCCCCGGGCUUCGUGGGGAUGCUGCGGCUCAUCCGGGAGACCGAGGCACCGGAGGCUGGCCCAGCGGGCAGCGAGCAGCUCCAAGUGGAAGAAGAGGCCCGCGUGAACCCUGGAGACCUGGCAGGUGCCCCAGCUGUCCCGGCCCAGGAAUAUGGUGCCCAGGCCUCCUCAGCCCAGGAGGUCGUCACCGGGGGCACCACUGCAGAUGGAGCCAAGGCCUCCCCAGCAGGUGAAGGGACCGCCCAGGGUGCCCUUUCCAAGGAAGGUAGCACUGAGGCCACCCCAGCCUGUGAAGAGGCCAGCAAGGCGGCUCCUGGCACUGGCGAGGCUGGUGAGGCUGACCCUGAAACUCACGUUGCCACUGGGGCAGCCCCUGCCCCUGGGGAGACCAGCAAGUCCUCCCCUGCCACUCAGGGAGACGAAAAUCCUCCCAUCCCUGCCCGCACGGGUAGUGCUUCCCGGGAGGCCCCAGGAGGUCCUGGCUGUGAGCCAGAGAACCUCACCCAGGCAGGAGACCAGGAGGCUGAGGGGCCCCCCGAGGAGGGGCUCAAGCCCAUCCCAGAGGACCCGGGAAAUGAGGACAGGGCUGUGGAGAUGAGCCCUCCCAAGUCCUCCUCGGGUCAAUAGGCUCAGCAGGCCCAGGGCCCCCCUGGCCUGGAGGCAGGUAGAGGCCAGGCCAGGCAGCCACCUCACCCCAGGUAGGGAGCAGGGUGGAGGGAAGGGCCAGCCCAGCCCAAAGCAACUCCCUGGGCCCCCCAUCACCUGCAAGAGACCCCACCCACCACCAUGAGUCCUUCCAUGUUAGACACCAAAUGGGGCGGGGAGAGGUGCCCCUCCCCCACCAUGGCAACACCACACCAGCCUCAGCCCCAAGCCCUGCCAACUGGGGCAGCCGGCCCAGGAGGAUCCCUGAGUGCCCAGCCCCGGCCUUGGUGAGGGCCACCUGAAGACGUCUGCCCCCACACUGCCCUGGGAGAUGUCAGGGGCCAUGUCAAGGUGCCUGGGCCUCCGAGAGGGGCCCCUAGUCACCGUCCCCUGGGGCAGGCUGCUCCCUGUACUAGGAAGCCCAUAGGAAGCCUGUGUCUCUGAGGCCCCAUAGUGAUCUCCUCACCACCCCCACACCAGCCCCUGUUCCCGUGCAGAGCCCUGAGGUGCCCGUGGACCCAGGCCGGGUGUCCCUCCUACCCGGGCCGCCACCUCUGGGCCCGGCCACGUGCCCUGAGCUCAGGGCACCAAGGCUCUGCUCGCUCUGGCCCAGUGUCGUGAGCUCCACGCCCGCUGUGUCGGAGUAGAUUUAGGCCAACCGCUGCUUGUUCUUGUGGAGAUGUGUGUGUGUUCUUCUCUGAGCAGUACCCCCAGCCCAGCCCGGAGACCCCAGCCCGGUCCCAGGAGACGGCGGGAAGGACAGAUGGACGACGCCCACCUGGUGGCCUCGGGAAGGAAGAACUGGGCCGGGGAAGGUCGGGGGCUGCGGAGGGUCCUCGGGGACCGUGCUGUGAUCUGCCAUCGCUGCUCCUCGUGACCCCUUGUCCUGGGCUUGGGGGAGCGUUCCCCGCCGUGUUCUCCAGUGUCCUGGACUGUCCUGUGGGGGCCAGAGGGCAGGGCCAGGCCCCAGCAUGUGGGCCAGAGGUGGAGGGGUGCCCUGGGGGCAGCGGUCAUUGCUGGGGUCCACCGUCCUGGCCAGAGGCUGACCGUGGGGCCCUCAGGAAGGGAGACUACGCGGGGAGGGCCACAGCAUGGUGGGGGGCAGCUGAGACACCUGGUGAGGGACCCCAGGAGGAGGAGGGGGCUGAGAUCUGUGGGCUUUAGUGGCCGUUAGAAGUUCCUGUCUGUGUGGUCAUUCCCUCUUUUCAGUUGUUUCUGUCAAUGUUUCUCUUUAAUAAAUUUCGUUGAAAGUUUCAGCUGAGUCUGGC